CCGACCGCCUAUCUAGAUCCCUUGCGGACAAGGCUUUCUUUAUCGCCCGUAUCUUUGUUCGGUCUCGCCAAUUUCACCCCCCUGACUCGAUGACCCGGACCCAGUGGCAGCGCGCCAUCGACGAAGACAAACACGGUCAACACCAAGCGCAAAGGCUUGUAUUGGUGCCUGUCCGUCCCGCGGCCCGGGUACUGUCUGAUUACCAACCUUGCUGCGGCCUUGUGGGAGUCAAAAUCACGAAUCACCACUCACCACACACCGUUCGAUCACGCCAGAGACGGGGCAUGCAGAGCCAUCCAUCGCAUCCCCCUCCAACGCGCGACAUGCCGCACCAGGAGACAGCCGGAUCGGGGCGAGCUACCCACUACGCCUGAAGCUAGUUACAGGGUUGCCCCGACUUGAUGGGACUGUAAUCAAGGUGAGUUUUGGGAAGGUCUCUCUAUCUCUCUCUCUCUCUGUGUGUGUGUGUGUGUGUGUGUGUACCUAGUCUCUUCGCUCCAGCUCCAGCGCAGCGCAGGGUCCUCGGUCCCUCGACAAUAGACUUACGUAUUCCAUCCUUUUUCUUCCUUCCUUCUUUAACUCGACCGCGCGCUUCGGACAAAAAAAAGGAUCCUAUUGUCUCCGAGUUGCGACUCUUCAACGUCAUGGAGUUUUUCUACGGCCCUGUUCUUGACUCCCGCUACCCCCCGCAACUCAACUCCAGGUGAAGCCGACCCCAGCUUACCUACCCACCUAUCUACAUACCUAUUUGUUCACCAACUCCAGAGCCCAGAGUUGCCAUUCUUUGACCGGCAACCCCGAGGCGACAAUUCUGGAAGCACAUAGGAACCACUUGUUUGGCUCCAUUGAUUGAAUCGAUAACGAUAACGAAGUUGACCGUUUCUUCCAUUGACGACGAUACCCCCACGCAAGCGAAGAGUUGCUUGAAAACUAUUCUUUCCUAUACGAGAACAACACCCAUCACAUCAACAUGGGUGACCAGCGUCACAUGGAGCACCGACCGGUGCAGACCAGCGCAGUCUACGUGCUCGGCGCAACUCACGGCGACUCAAUGCCGCCUCCUUCUCCUCCUUCACCACCGGUAUCCCCGCCCGAGGAGGAGUUUUUUGAAGAACUGGAGGAAUUGUCCUUGGGAUCGCCCGACGACAUCCCCGAGAGUGACGAGAACUGCACCAAAGUCCAGGACCGCCUGCACGCCGCCACACAUGUCCUCAAGACGGAGGCCGCGGCGUUGCGGGCUGUCGCCAAUCUGUACGAGACAGACCCGGUGGCCCGGGACGGCUUCAACAGGACGGUCGCGGCAGUUACACGGCACAAGGGCGAAAAGGGCAAGCUCAUCAUUACGGGCGUGGGCAAGUCCGGCCACAUCGCCAACAAGCUGGUGGCGACCUUUAACAGUUUAUCCAUCACAUCCGUGUUCCUCAACCCUAUUGACGCCCUCCACGGCGACCUGGGCAUUAUUCAAAAACACGACAUUCUCAUGUUCAUCACAUUUUCAGGCAAGACCUCGGAACUCUUCAGCUUAUUACCACACCUCGAAAAACCCGCAUCCUUGGUCAUCCUCACGGGGCACACGAGACCGGACACCUGCGAGCUCAUCAAGCUCCGGCCGGACACGAUCCUCCUGCCAGCGCCGGUCCACGAGAGCGAGACGGCGUCGUUCGGCGUGUCGGCGCCGACGACGUCCACGACGGUUGCCCUGGCCGUGGGCGACGCGCUCGCCAUCGCUGCGGCGCAGGAGCUGCACCCGAGCGUCGCGCAGGUCUUCUCGCGGAACCACCCGGGCGGCGCGAUCGGCGCGGCCUUCCGGAAGCCGCAGACCGUCAUCGACCUCGCCAUCCCCUGGGCCGACAUCGUCGACUCGGACAACCUGUGCGCAGACAGCAGCGUCGGCGCGGACCUUUUCCGCGCCGCGUACGACUCGGCGUCCGGGUGGGUGCGUGUUGGCGGCGACGUGGCGUCGCCGAGCAGAAUCCGGAAGCUCGCUACGGCGGACUUUGCGCGGCGCCUGGGGGACAUACCCGGGCUGAUGGUGCCGCGGGCCGAGAUGCUCUCUAUCUCGUCUGGGACGAGCAUACGGCGGGCCGUGGACUUUGUGAGGAGCAUGCAGGGCGCCGCAGACGACGGCGAGUACGUCUGCAGCUCCGACUCGAUCCUGGCCAUCCUCGACAACGGGGAGAUGGUGGGCGUCUUGGAGGUUGGGAAGCUCUUGGAGCGGCGGGAUUAGGGCCGCCGGGCGACGACUGGAUGCUGCGAAUUGGGAAUAUUGGGAAUGAUUGGAAAUCUCCACAUCACAUGUGCCUCUUCUUUGGGAGCACGCGGGCGAAGCGGGUUUUUAUGGUUUACUUUUUAAUCAUCUUUGAGGGAAAACAAGCCAGGCCUCCGAGCCGGCUUUGGCGAUGUUUUUUUUUAUUUUUUUUUUAGAACGGGGACUACUGGACAAUGACCGUCCGGGUCCGAAUGAAUGGCACAGGCGACUGCGCCGACAUAAUGCGCACAGCAAUAUUCCUUGCCCCCCCCUCCUCCAUCUUGGCCAUCGCCGAAUAGACAAGCUAGUGACUCGUGAUCUUUUUGCGCAAAGCCUCUGCCGAGUGCCCAGCAGUGGGGAUACCUACCUACCCGCUAUGAUAUUGAUGCCCGACAUUGAGA